CGGGUAGAUGACGACAUUAACGUCAGGCGUAGCUUCCCCGUAACAUGCUCUUGUAAAGAAUAGCAACAUAAUGGCAGUGAAUCAUCUAAGCCGACUGCGUCCACUCCUGUCUCAGUCCCUGGUGCGACCACUCAAGUGUACCCCCGUGGUCCCCGUUAGGCUCGGCGGCUCAACGUUGUUACCCAGCGCCCCGUGCCAACCCUCUACGUGUGCUCGACUCUAUGCCACCAAGAAGGCUAAAGCCAAGACAAAGGGACAGGCGGCAAAGAUGAAUAUUAGCGCCGCUCUGGUGGAAGACAUCAUAAGUCUGGAGGAAGUGAAGGAAGACAUGACGGCUGUUGUCAAUGCGCUCAAAGAUGACUUCACACGCAACCUGAGCAUCAGAACUUCACCAGGAGCUCUGGACCACAUUCUGGUGUCAACACAAGAUGGGAAGUUCCCCCUCAACCAGCUGGGCCAAGUCUCCAUGAAAUCCCCUCAGCUCAUAAUGGUCAAUAUGAGCAGCUACCCCGAGGCUACGUCGGCAGCUGCCCGUGCCCUGAGAGAGAGUAGCAUGAACCUCAACCCUGACGUGGAUGGGACAAUCAUCAAGGUGCCUGUUCCUAAGGUGACACGUGAGCACAGAGAGAACCUCGCCAAGACCGCCAAGCAGUUCAGCAACAAGGCCAAAGACUCUCUGAGGAGAGUGCGCUCAAAUGCUGUAGCGCAAGUGAAAAGGGCAAAGGAGGGACACUCCGAGGACACCAUCCGACUCGUAGAGAAACAGAUUCAGCAGAUGGCCGACAACAUCGCAACAGACAUUGAGAAACAGCUCGCAGCCAAGACCAAAGAGCUGCUCAGUUGAAUGUGAGGAGACACACAUGCAGCUAUUCAAUACGUCAUCAUUCUGUCACAGCCACACCCACAGGCGGACAUGUUUAAUACGCAUUGUGUUGAUAUUCUACAGCAACAGCAACACGGUGGGAAUAGGUUUUGGACUUUGGUGCCGGUUUCACAUGUAAGCGGGUGUUCACACAAUCUGAAAAAAGAGAAAAACUGGGCUGUUCUUCUGGACUUCUCUUUACAUGAUAAUAGGAUGGAUGGCUGUUGUGUUGAAGUCUGAAAAUUAAAACAUUUGAAAAUGGGUCUCAAAUGACACAGUUAUCGUUUCUGUGUGAACACUGAAAAUGUUAAUUAAAUCUUAGUCAUCAAUUUGUUCUUAUUCUGUGAACAUAUUUAGAAUCUCCUCAGACAAUGCGUACGUACGCACGAAUAAUGAAAGGUCAGCUUUCGAAAAAAACAAACAUCUUUUACUCAAGAUGCACAAUGUAUUGCUACUAUGAAGUAUUAAUUCAUAAAAACUAUAAGCUGGACUUUGCUAGUGAUUUGACUAUAUGUACUAAUCGUGAGAAUGGACAUUUCUCAUCACUUUCUGUGCUGUAUGUGUGUAUCUGCCACUGGCUAGCAGUUGGCAGUGGUCAUUCAACAAUCACACUUCGCCGCGUGAUCUGAACAGUAAACAAGCUGCUGUAUUCUGUGUUUUCCUUACCACUACACACCAAUACUGAUGACCUGAUUUCCUAGGUGAGCGGUGUCAAACUUAUUUUUGUUGCGGGCCAUAUCGUAUCGUACUUAUGCUUUCCCAUGGAGGGUCUUUUAUGACUGUAAACCCAUAUAAAUGUGCAACAAUUUGAUUAUCAAAUUAAUUGAC